CAACGACGACGGGUGACAACGAUGAUGACGCAGCAGCAGGGUGUGGUGGUGAUGCUUGUGUCACUGGUGGUGAUUGUGUUGGUCAGUGGUGUGUUGAGUGCUGCCGACACAGCUGAAGGAGCUGCAGUUGGCAGUGGCGCUGUUCGCGUUCCUGAGAAGUGCCAACAGUUGAUGGAUGCUUACUGCAACAGCCCCGUUGAGAACGCACCUUGCCUACACGCGUUGGAGGAACACAACCAUCCGCUGCCACUGUAUGCGCGCUUCGACACAAAUGCACAGCAUGGACCAAAGCAGUGGCGAUGCUAUUCGUCGGAUGCCCUCGAUUCACGAAACCAGUCGUACGUGAAGGGGACUGGAUACUGCACUCGCGAUGAGCAGAUUCGAGCGGUGAUUGCAGAUUGCGAAGCCAACGUGACUUUGGUGGAUGUCUUCACACCCGGAGAAGCAGGAUAUCCCUGUAUUCGCAUUCCGUCCUUGGUGUUGGUGGGUGAUGGGUCGCUGCUUGCAUUCGCCGAGUGCCGUAAUUGGACUGGUGAUGGCUGCGAGCCAACAGGGGUGCACGCCGAGAACUCGAACCGUGACAUCUGUAUGAAGCGAUCAAGAGACAGCGGACACACCUGGUCCCCGCUGAAGGUGAUUCUUCGCAACGCCGCACAGCCAACAGCCGUGUUUGACACUGUUCACAACCAGACGGUUCUCAACUACAUUCAGUUGCAGCCGGCAUCCAAUCUGCAAGUCGUGUCGUUUGACAACGGCAACACCUGGUCCACACCACUGCAUCUUGAUGCGUUCCUCGGCGGCGCAGCGCCGUCCGAUGUCGGCCCAGGCGUUGGUCUCCAGCUCAAGAGCAAUGUGUCUGGCCACGCAGGUCGGUUGCUGUUCAUCGGCCACCAUGGCGCAUAUCAGUUUGAUUCCGUCUGGUUCAGUGAUGACGGCGGGCACAUGUAUUCCCUCGCGCAGACCAACUUUACCCACAUGGACGAGGCGCAGCUUGUGGAGUUGCCUGAUGGGCGUGUGCUUGCGAAUAUGCGCAACAACCACAUCAACAAGUGCUCCUGUCGCGGCGUUGCCAUCAGUGAUGAUGGCGGCACGACAUUUGGCCCGGUGUCAUUUGCGCCGCAGCUCAUCUCGCCCGUUUGUCAGGCGACCAUCCUCACCGGCAACGACAACAAGGUGUACUUUGUCAACCCAGCGUCCACAUCCGAGCGUGUGAAUGGCGUUCUUCGCCAAUCAUCAGACGGCAUUCAUUGGGACAAACAACGUACGGUGUAUGCGGGUGCGUUUGCGUACUCAUGUCUGUCGCUGCUCCCCAACAACAAUGCCACGCACCUCGGCCUGUUGUUUGAGACAGCCAUGCUGCACGGGUGCGAGGGACCAAGCUGCCGCACUGUGUUUGCUGCAGUCGCCACAUCCAACUUUUGAGCGUCCCCACAUGCACAUCCACCGCUCGUUCCCAUUUGACUUGAGUGCGGCUGUGUUCACCCUGUACUGUUGUGUGCACGAAACGCACAGCAGCGUGUGCAUCACAUCACAUGUCCGUGCUUGCUUGGCCUGCACUGGGCUUCGAUUGUCACAACCCUCACCACAAGGAAGGUUUCAACACGUUCUGGCCGCAAGUUGCUCGUUAUAUGUGGAAUGUAAUCGUGAUGGUGUUACAAACGCAGUCUCUCCGCAAACAGUUCAGCUGUUGCACGGCACACACAUAAACAAGCCACAAG